AUGGAGGCCGAGACCGAGGCGGAGGAGGGUGAGCCGUGGACGGAAAAGGCGGGAAAAGCUGUGGAGGCCGAGACCGAGGCGGAGGAGGGUGAGCCGUGGACGGAAAAGGCGGGAAAAGCUGUGGAGGCCGAGACCGAGGCGGAGGAGGGUGAGCCGUGGACGGAAAAGGCGGGAAAAGCUGUGGAGGCCGAGACCGAGGCGGAGGAGGGUGAGCCGUGGACGGAAAAGGCGGGAAAAGCUGUGGAGGCCGAGACCGAGGCGGAGGAGGGUGAGCCGUGGACGGAAAAGGCGGGAAAAGCUGUGGAGGCCGAGACCGAGGCGGAGGAGGGUGAGCCGUGGACGGAAAAGGCGGGAAAAGCUGUGGAGGCCGAGACCGAGGCGGAGGAGGGUGAGCCGUGGACGGAAAAGGCGGGAAAAGCUGUGGAGGCCGAGACCGAGGCGGAGGAGGGUGAGCCGUGGACGGAAAAGGCGGGAAAAGCUGUGGAGGCCGAGACCGAGGCGGAGGAGGGUGAGCCGUGGACGGAAAAGGCGGGAAAAGCUGUGGAGGCCGAGACCGAGGCGGAGGAGGAUAUCUCUGUCUACAGUUUGUGGUGUGGUGCACAAAUUACAACACGGACAAGGAACUUGGAACUGAGUUCUUCAUGGCUAACGGAAUAUCCUUUCUGUUUAGAACCAUUUCAGAGAACCAGUGAAUGCAUCCUUUCGGAAACAAAACCAAGGGAUGUGUCCAGCCCCCAGGAGCCAACAGAGAACCAGUUAACGCCCCCAGGAGAACACCAUACCCCUGAUGUUCUCAUAGAGCCUCCUGAAAUAGAACCAGUGGUCCAAGAGCCUGUAAUCCCAUUAAUGAACUAUUCAGGAUAUCUAAGGAGCGAAGCAUCCGGUCACCCGAACACAGCCUCUGAACCAUCCCAAAGGCAUGAAAUUGAAGUGCAUGGUGGGAGGACUUCAGCCGAAGCAGACAACUCUGGUGACAAGCCUGAGGAGAAACUCAAGGAAGACCUGUGUCCAGACACUGUGGAUCACCAGGAUCCUGAGGCCACCAGGAACACUAGUGCAGGUGACAUUGGCAACAAGGACUUGGAGCAAGUUAAGAGAAUUGUGGCAGUGCCUCCCAUGCCUCAGACUGUCCAUGUGGUCUUCCGCGUCCACUACAUUACUCAUUUGGAAGCCCAGCUGAUCGCCAUCACUGGUGACCAUGAGUGUCUAGGCCAGUGGCACCAUUAUGUAUCCCUCAGGUGUGACAAAGAUGGCUUCUGGUCAGACUCUGUGGUCCUACCGUUUGAUACCAGAGUUGAGUGGAAGUUCAUAUUAGUGGAGAAUGGCAAGGUGGUGCGAUGGGAAGAGUGCGCCAACCGGUCGCUAAUAACUGAACAUGAAGAUCAGGUGGCUCAUAAGUGGUGGGGGUAUCAUUGAACAGGGUCUCCAGUUUUAUUCCAUUCAUUCACAGGAGUUUACUGCUCUGUCUCUAUCUACCUAUCUUAGUGCACCUCUUCGCUGCAUGGUUUGCUAGAACAGCCUCAUAGUCUGUCUUCUGCUAGCCUAGGCUUUAAGAUAGGGAAAACGCUCCUCAAAUGAAAUCAGACCAAAAUCUCCCUAACAGCAGGCAAGUUAGGCUCUCUAGUGGGCAGUGUUUCAAAAUAAAAAAAAUUCAAUUCUCAGUUUGACUUUGUAUUACGUGAAGAGACAGAUGUAUGAAUCAUGGAUGCUGGACUCAGCAAAGAGGUAGUUCAACUACUCUGUAACUGUAUUAAAACAUCCUUAGUUUAUUAUGACUGCAUCAGAAAGCAAUAAAGAUGGACUUUUACAAUG